ACACAUUAAAAAAUUAAGUAAAAUAGUUUCAUUAUGUAGGAACCUAUAAAAUUUUACUUACUACUGCCUAUAAUUUGAUAUUGAAAGGCCAAAGUUUACAUAUUAAACUGUUUAUUAUAUUGUGCCAAUAUUAGUUCUAUAAUUAAUCUAGUGAUAAAUUAAAUAGGUAUCAAAUAAUUUUGUUAUAAAAUAUUGUGAUUUUAUAUUUAUUUUUUAUUAUUUUUUUUUUUUUUUUCUAUAAGGAAUAAACAUCAGUCUAAUUAAACCGUGUAGAUAAAGCUUUAAGAUAGUAAAUAAUAAUGGUACUUCUAUUUUGUAUUAUUUGCUACUUUUAAACAUUAGGUAUUAGAUAAAACGAUUUUCUUAAUUUACAAAAUAAAAAAAAAAUAUUACCUACACCUCAAAUAUUAAUUAUUAUUUUAAUUAAUCUUUCGUCGAUUAAAUUAUUGUCUUCACGGUUAGUGUCUGUUAAUAAUUGCCGCCCGAAUUUCCAUUAUUAAAUAAUAAAAUAAGGUAACAAUUUUUUGGCCUCGUUUUCGACGAAAUGUUUCGCGAGUAAAUUCAAUAUUCUCUCAAUUGAGCGCGGCGAGUUAUUUGUGGGUGUCUGUUCUUUUUUUUUUUUUUUUUCUCUCGCAGUUUUUAUUGGUAAACAAUUUUCGGUGUAGCCAAAUAUGAACCGACAUUGGAAAUAUCCUCGAAUUAGAAAACUGUUUACGCGGUACCCAGAUACUUUUAGUUGUUCAACGCUGGAAAGAUUUUUGUUUCGAAUUUAUUACCCGUGUCAACCACUCGUAACGGUUAUUGUAAAUGUAAAAUAACAAGCCGAAAAUGUAAUAGAUUUAUAACAAUAUGUCAUGAAUCAGUUCACUUCGCCACGAUACUGUUUAUAAAUUCGACACUAAAAACAUUAAACUACCGCCGCCGCGCCGACACAAUAUUCUUUUUUAAUUAGACCAAUAAUAUUAUCGUAACAUUAUUUCCCUAUCGCGAAAUUUAAUAAUUAAUAACCACAUUUGUUUAUCUUAUAUUUGAUUUAGACCGGGAAAAAAACGUAGGUAAUUAACUUUCCAGUAAAAUAAAUGACUGAUUAAUUAUACAAAUGUUAUAGUGUAUUGAUUGUGUUGUAUUUUUUUUUUAUUACUAUUACGUCAAAAAUACGCUACGAGUUUUUUUUUUGUUUUUUUUUUUUUUUUUCUGUCUCUCUCGUAUUUUUUUCCCGUCACCCGUUUCUGUUUGCGUAGUUUAUGUUAAAAAAAAAAAAAAAUAAAAAAAAAAAAACAAUAAUAAUAAUAAAAAAAAAAAAAUCUAAUAAAAUCGAAAUAAAUAUACACCUAAUGUGUACAUUGGCUGUUACUUAUUCGGAGUGCGCCCCGCGUGUUUGUACACCUGGAAAUCGCUAUAGUUCGCCCGAUCGUAGAAAACGGACCGAAACGGUUGUUCCUUUUUCGUUCUCGUUUUACCGUUCGUUAGGUUUUUUUUUUUUUUUUCUCUGUCUCUCUCGUAUUUUUUUCCCGUCACCCGUUUCUGUUUGCGUAGUUUAUCGACGGAGACCGUUUUGCACGUCGACGGUGGUUCAGGCGGACGAGAAAUGUUCGCGCGCAAGCCCUUACAUCAGGCGGCGCGCGCGGGUAGAAACUUUUUCGCCAUGUUGCCCGUGCAGACUGAACGUAAUAUUGAUUAAUUCGGCCCCCGGGUGGAUGGUGUCACCCCCACCGUGCGCCCCGGCCGUGUGCGCGCGUGUGUGCGUGUGUGCGCUCGUAUAGCCUCACGAAAGCUCAGAAACACUUCGCGGCGCGUUUGUCAGAAACCGAUUUUCGUCCGCAUUGAAAUGCGUUUUCCCGUAGCGUUACACGAUUAAUUGCGCGUACCCGUAGCGCGUUCCCGUACGCCGCCAUGCAAACGCUCAGGAGAAAAACCAGCCCGUUCAAAUGUAAGUUUUAUUGCGUUCUCUUAUGAAAAAAAAAAAAAUGGUAAAUUACAACAAACCGGUCGGACGGUAUUAAAUUCAAUUUUUCGUGCUGGACCGACCUUUAUAAAUUGUAAUACUUUUCUUUCCGUUUGUUGUAGAAGAACUUGUUUGAUUUAAUUUAUUAUAAUUAUUAUUAUUAGGUAUUUGAAUUUAUUUAGAAACAAUACAAUUGUACUCCGCGAUUAGUUUGGGAUAGACAUUGUAACAUUUAAAGCAAUACUCAUUACUUUGAUACAUUUAUGUCCAUAUAAAUUUAUUAUCUCUGAUUCAGAGCUUAAAUUUUUUUUUUUUUUUUUCCCAGUGAUUUUUUCUUAUUAUUAUUAUUAUUAUUAUUUUUUUUUUUUUAUAUACAGCAGAAAAAGGUGGUGCAAUACGGUUUAUGGGAGAUGGAGUCAGUUUCAAAGCUAAACUUAUUGGUAUAUUGGAAGUCAGCGAAGCUAGAGGCGAUAGAAUGUGCCAAGAGGCCCUGUUUGAUUUAAAAAUGGCGAUUCGGGCUGCCGGAGAGCACAAACAACGAAUCACCAUUAACGUAGCUAUUGACGGACUUAAAUUAAGAGAUGAAAAGACUGGGGUAAGGUUUAAAAUGAUGUGGUGUUAUUUUACCUAGAGUAUUAAAAUAUAUUGAAAAUUAAAGGAUUGUUUAUACCACCAUCCAAUACAUAAGAUAUCAUUCAUAGCACAAGAUAUGGUGGACACUAGAGCUUUUGGGUAUAUAUUUGGUUCACCUGACACGGGCCAUAGGUUUUUUGGGAUAAAAACUGAUAAAGCAGCAAGUCAGGUAUUGUUUAAAACCAUUUGUCUAACAAAAAGUUUGUUUUAUUUAAUUUGUAUAUUUAUUUUGCUUUAAGGUUGUUAUAACUAUGAGAGAUCUUUUUCAAACAGUUUUUGAACUAAAAAAACAAGAAAUAGAAAUGACCAGGCAGCAACAAAUUAUGAAAGUCAGCGGACUGUACCUAGAAGCCCUUGCUAGUACAUCAACAAAAAAUGAUCAUGUAAAUUCUUAUUUUAAUUUUACUGUUGAUGAACAUGUGAUACUUAUUCAUAUGUUAUUUGUUUUUAUUGUACAAUAGGCUGGUAGUGAUGAUGGUUCUAAACGUUACAAUCGUGAUUUAUCAAAUUUGGAUAAAUCUGAGUUUAAAAACACGACUCCUAAUGCCAAUGAUCUUUUGAGCUUAGAACUUGAACUGAACAAUCUGCAACAGGGAUUAUCACAAAUGGAAAGUAUUACUCCACCAUCGUCUUCAUCCGGUGACCCUUUUGGCGAUUCUUUCACUGCUAUUCCCACUGUUGCAUUAACUAAAUUGCCACCACCGCCCAAUUCUGGAGAGCGAAGAAUUAGAAACAGUUCAGUGACAUCGAGUGGCCAGCAAGAAAAACAUUGGUUUGAUAAAGAAACUGAAAGUAUUUUCGGUUUAACAAAUCCUAGUGAAGUCCGCCAGUCUCUUCAACAAUCUGAUUUUAGGGUAAGUUUUUUUACUCCAAAAUACCUACUUAAUACUUAUUACCAAAAGUUUAUUUAUCCUUCUAUAUUGAUAUAAUACUUUUAAUUUUUUCUUUAAAUUUCUGAAGAAUUAUCAAUAAAUCAUGAAUGUAAUUCUAUUGUGUACAAUUCUAAUUUAAAAUAACUGAACAACUUGAGAAAAAAGUUUAGUAUCAUAUUCAUAUAUAUUUUUUUUAGGUCACUGAAUCAACCAAUCGUGCAAGUCCUACAAUCAAGUCUUCUGACACGUUUGAUGUAUUUACAGAAUUAGAUCCUUUAGGAACUGGUCGUAGUAAACCUUAUGUGGAUAAAAAAGAUUUCUUUCAAGAACUCAAAAAUCCCCCAAAGAAAAUAUUAAAUCAACUUGCUGCACAUGAAAAUGAAAAAAUAUCAGAUAAUCAAUCUCAAAGUUUGCCUACUAAAUGUAUGAACAAUUCAUUUUCUUCUGAUCUAUCGUUUAAAGAAACAAGUGGCUUUGUUGAUGAUCCAUUUAAAACUGAUAACUUUAUAAAAUCUCACGAUUCAAAUUCAGCUGAUAUAGAGUUUGCUGACUUUUCUUCGUUUGAAUCUCUGAAACCAGUUUCACCACAAUUGCAACAUAAAUCUCCGUUGUUAAAAAGUGAUAGUUCAUCAUCACAAAAUUCUGUUCAAGGAUUAUUAAAGGUGUCUCUACCACUGGAUUCUCAAAAACCAUACAAUAUCGCGACCCCGCCCAAGUAUAAUUUAAUGACUAAAAAUAGACCAAAACUAAAAAUGAGAAAAACUCCAAGUCCGGAUUAUUAUAGAAAUGAAGAUCCUGUUUCGCCUGAUGAUGAUUAUGCAAUUAUGAAAUUAAUGACAUUACCCCAACGAAUAGAUAUUGCACCUGAACCUCCACCAAGACCUUCUUCUUCUUUAGAGCCUCCACCUUUACCUCCUAAAAAACAGCAAAUACCUUCUAAAAACGUGAAACCAAUACGUACACGUAACAGUCAUUAUGAUUAUAUAGAAAAUUAUGUUAGUUCCUACAAUUUACCGUCUACACAACAAGAAAGUGAAGCUCCGCCAUUACCUCUGCCAUCUAGAAAACCAAAAAAUGAUAAUAACAAGAAAAAGAAAGAAGAACUCGAUUCAGAAUAUUAUUUAUUACCUGUUACAGUGAAAAAAACUGGCAGUGAAUCAAAAUUAAAUGUAACUUCACUUGAUCUAACAUUAAGUCAAUUAACGAAAACAGGGUUUUUUGAUUUAGCAGACAAAUUAAAAAUAUCUCCAACUUCUCUAUCUAAAAUGACCUUACAAGAAUUGACUUUACGUUUGUCUCAGUUAACUACCAAUAGUAGCGAAGAUUCACCAAGUGUUCUUAUAAAAUCUGAAGAAGAGAAGAAGAAAUCGGAAGAAUCUUUAUAUGAUAAAUACGCUGUUUUUAGGGAAUAUGUAGACAAAGAAACCAAUAAUGAUGUAGUAGUUACAGAGAACGAUAAAUAUGCAGCCUUGAGAGAUAUUCCUAUCAAAGAACCAAGAUAUGAAGAAGAAUUGACUGGGCACUUUCCUGCAGAUGAAACUUUAGAAUCAAAUCAAAGUAACAAUAUUUCAGAGCAAUUUGAUAUUGAAUUAAAUGACGAACAAGUUUAUAAUCUUCAAGAUGAAAAAAUGAUUGACGAACAAGUUAUUGAAGAUCAAAAUUUAAAAGACAACAAUGACGAUGAUGAAGAGGAUGAUGAAAUAGAAUAUGAAAAUGAAGAUGAAGAUUAUGAAAAUGAAAAUGAAAAUAGUGUCAUUAAAAAAGAAGAGACUAAAGAAUCAAUUGAAUGUGAAGCCCUAACUGAUGUUUCUACAGCAAUAGAAAAGCCUGAACAAAUUGAAAGUAAUUCAUGUCAAAAACUUUUCGAUAACUCUCAAUGCUGGGCAACUUUUGAUGCUGAACCAGAGGCAAUCAAGAAUGUAAAUUCUCCUUGGUCCGUAUCUGAACACGAAUUAUCAAUUCCAAAAUCAAAAGGUAAUUUGAAAAAAGUACCUUCAAGUCGUAGUAAAUGUUCUUCCAGUUGGGAUGACUGGGAAGAAUCUGAAGACAAUUUGGACAAUGCAAAAAGAAGUCUAGAGAGUUCAAUUGAAGAUUUUUCACGGACUGAAAACGGGUGGAGCGAUAGAGAAUCCUUGUACGAAGAUGAACUUUAUUACGAAAGAAACCACAAAAGAAAAAGUAAUCGUAAAAUAUCACCUAGACAUCGUGAACCGUCACCCUGGGAAGAAGGCAAUAGGUAUAGUGAUGAAUGGGAGCCUCCUUAUAUGUUUGCACCACACUGGCGAGUACCUCAUAUGGAAGAUGAUCGUAGAAGGCCGUCUAAAGAUGACAAAAGACGAAUUUAUGUCCGGCCUGAACUUGACAGAAGAGCACCAAAAUUACCUUAUGCACCGAAUUGGGAAGAUGAAAAAUACCAAAUGCGAAUGUAUGAAAGACAUAGAAGAUAUUUAGAAGAGCAUUACAAUUGGGAUCGAUAUGGACCCCCGAUUCCUAAAGGAUUUAAAACCUAUCCUAGACCGCCGCCCCUUGAUAAUAGUGAUGAAGAAGAUGUUAAAAUGCGUUAUAGGUUACCAAAAAAAAAUUGUUACGGUUCAGCAACUACACCUAGAAAACAUAGGAGACCAUAUCAUCGUCGAAGUGAUGGUAGUGAUGAAGAGCGAAGCAUUCCACCAAGAAAGCCAUAUAGCCAAGAAGAAUUGGACUUGAGUGAAUCUGAAUUGGAACAAAAUUGGUCCAGAAGGUCAAAGAGUAAGUGGUCUUUGAAACGCAAUCAAACAUCUCCUUUUGAUGAUAACUUUACACCCGACAGUCCUGAUUCUUCUGUAUUUACAAAAACAAUGAGUACUUGUUCUGAUUUGGGUUACCUCACAAAGCCCUCUCCGUCCAUUAGUUCUAAAAUUAAUAAAAAUAUGAGAAGACCCAAACGUUCUGAUAGCGGGCACAGGUCUAUAGAUUCAAACUCAAAAGUCGAAGUAACAAAGCGUUCUCCAUUUGAAGACGAUUUUACUCCAGAUAAUGCCACCAAAGACAGUGUUUCUAGUGAAUUUAGUUUUAAAGAUGAUGAUGGUUUUACAUCUAAAGAAGUAAAAAUUCCCAAAGACGAAGUAUCAAAUUCACCCAAAGAGAUGAAAAAGUCGGAAUCUAUAAAUAUAUUUUCUAGGAAUACAGACCCAUUUGAAGAUGAUGAUUUUUUUAAUCAAGACGUUUCUAGCAAACCAAAUUUGGCUUCUCUGGAAGAGGCUACUUCUGACCCUGAAGGUGAGGGUUGGGACAAACAACCCGAUCGAACCAAAAAUGAAUGAGACCAUCAUACCGUGGUCCGGGCUAAAAUAAAAGGGGCCACUAGUAAGUGUAAGUUCAGGAAAGUUUUUAAUAAAGUUAAUAAAUUUGUGAAUAAAUUAUUUUGAUUAAUUUAUUUUUAACCCAAUACUGUGACCAACAAGCUAUUUAUCAUUGUCCAUUGUUAAAAUAGGAAUAAUCUGUGUGUAAUAGAUAAAUUAGUUUUUUUUUUUGUAUUUUUACACGUUGACCAAAUAUCAAUCAUCCUUUAAAACUUGCAUAAUAUAUUAAUUUCACAGAAGUUCACUGGAUAUUCAAAUUUUAAUUUUCUGGAUAGAUUUUUAUUAUUGUUUUCAUAAUAUGUGUUUGUGUGUGCAAUACUAAUGUUAACAACUAUUAAUUUUUUUCUUGUUAUUAUACCAUAUUAUUAUUCGUAAAAGUAUUUAAAAAAUUUUGACACAUUAAUUUGUACGUUAUAAUACAAUACUAUACUAGGCUUUUAACUGUGUGAUUAUUAUUUGAUUAUUGUGUUUUAUUUCUUUUUCUAAUAAUGUAUUUCUGUUAAAUUUUCUAUGUAUAAUUUUGUUAUGGGUAUCUUGUUAUACGAUAAAGAUAAUUAAUUCACUUACCCUUUCUGCUGUUGUAACCCUCCAUUAUUGUCAAAAAUAUGUACUUAUUUUUCAGUGUGAUGUGUAUCAAUGUUCCUUUUAAAAUAGUAUUGUUUUGUGAAUUUUUUUUCCCCCCAUUUAUGUUAUUUUAGAAAAAUAUUCACCAUUAAAUACUUUUUAUAAACAGGGCACUGGUAUUGAUUUUGUAAUUGACUAUAAUGAAGUCAAUGAAUAUCAGUGUAGUUUUUCCGCAUGACUACCAAACAAAAAAGUAUUUUGUUUUGUGAUAAUAAUAGUGUAGUAUACAAUUACUUUAGGGAUUAUUGUUCUCUGAGAAUAGUUUUAUAGUGGAUAGAAAUACUAUUUUCAACAGACUGAGUGCAACGGUGAUGUUGAAUGAGCAAAUAUCAAAUGUUCUGAAUAGUGUAAUUAGUUUUAGGAAAAUAAUUGUUUAAGUUAUAGGUUAACGAUUUGCGCUCAAAUGUCCUAUGUUGGAGAAAGAGAUAAACAUGCUCAAUGCACGCCUGUUUAUGCUGUAUUUGGAUGCUUGAUAAUUACAUUUGAAUACUUUUUUUUUGGUAAUUAUGUGGAUAACAACUUAAUAAACUAGAGUGCCCUAAAAUAUCAGUUUUUUUUUCUAAUUUUAUUUUUUAUAAUGUAUAAGCUAGAAACUAAUAAAUAAUAUUAUACAUGAGCAAUGUUUAACAUAAGUGGAUUAACAUCGAAUACAAAGAAUUAAUUAUUUGUAUUUAGUGCCAUAUAUAAUAUUGUUAUUUAGAUAAUGAUAAGAUGUUAUAACUUUUAAUACAUUUUCGAUAAUAACAGAUUUUAAUGAAACGUCUACGAACAAAAAAAAAAAUGCUAAGCUACUUAUUGUGCAAGUAAACAUGUUAAACAUUUGUUUGUAAUUUUGAUAAUCCAAACAAUAUUUACAAUACCUACUUAUAAAUGUUAUUUGUGUUAAAUCUACUUAAUAUUUUUUUGUAAUUGUUAAUCAGUUAUAGAUGUAUACCUUACCUACCUAUUUUAAUGUUUUAGUUUAUAAAAUUAGUUGUUUUUACUGUUUCAUCAUGUUUAUUGUCAAACAAAAAAUACUAUGUAUAUUUCUUUUUAGAUUCAUCAUUGUCCGAAAAUAAAUGUUUAGGCAUAGGGUAUAGAGGCACCGCCUUUUACCACCAUAAAACUCUGUUGUUUUUCUUCCCCCAACUCCCUCUCAUUCGGUGUUCUGAUUGUUUGCACCAAAAGUUUGUCGGUUCAUAUUAUACAGAAUGGCCCGAGAGUCAAUAUGCUUUACUUAUUUAAUUGAUAAUAAUAUAGUUAACUUUAACAUAACGUAUCUAGUAUG